GGUACUCUUUCAUUGAACAUUUCUCUCUCUUUUAAAAUUGGAUGUUAAUAGAGACGGACCCCAACGCCAAGUCUUCAAAGCCGGCCGAACAACAGUGUUAUCAAAGCAUUGAACCCAGAACAAAGUCUUCAUCAUCUCAACCUAUAGUACCUAGUCUUCCAUUUCCAAUUUCCAAGUUAACAGAGAACUUGCUCAAUAUUUUGUGAACAAUUCAAACUGCUAGCUAGUAAAUGAUCCAACACUCUGGUUCUGAAUCAUAAAGUUUCCGUUUCCUGUUGCUUUGUUCUGGUUGUUCAGCUGGAAAGUUUGGAUGGCUCCGGUGGCUUUGUUCAUGUACUCUGUUCUCAGUCAUCUUCUAGUUCUUCACUACGUCGAGGGGAUGAAGAAGUGUCCAUCCUACUACUGUAAUGAAAUGGUAGGCUAUAUUCAUUUCCCUUUCAAAAAUAGUUCACAUCCUCCUGAAUGCGGGCUGUACACAGUCGAUUGCUCCAACCCUUCGAGUCCGAAGAUCCAACUGAGAGAGGGAGGAUACUGGCAUGACUUUGAUAGCAUUUCUCAAACAAAUUCGGUUCAUAUCAACGACAAAGAGCUAGUGAAGCCCUUGCCAAUAGAUUACUGCAAUGAUGAAAUUCUCGAUGAUUUGAGUCUUCCAAGCCCUUCUCCACUCUUUGAUCUGUUGUUCACCAACAAUCUGACCCUGUUCAAAUGCAACACCUCCCUGAAACCUCAUGCAGAUCUUACCUUUGGCUGCCUCAAUGCUAAGCAUACUUACUAUACGUUAUACAAUAAAAGUACACCAAGUCCACCACCACCAUGUUCAAUCACUCAGAUUCCCACACUUUCCAAUCAAUCUACUCUUUUACCAUUGACUACUGUGUUCUCGCUUCAAGUGCAAGUAACCAGAGAUUGUUACCAAUGUUACGAAAAAAGAAAAGGCAGAUGCCUGGUUGUCAACGGAAAAUUUAAAUGUUCCAAAGGAGGAAAAACCUUGGGAUUGAAGCUUGGAUUAGGUCUAGGUAUUGGAAUUGGAGUUGCUGCACUUCUUGUAGGAGGCUUGUCUAUUCUGCUGGGAAAAAAACAAAAGCGUGUUUCUUUAAACUUCCUUUCAAGGAACUCAAACUCAGACCUAGAAGGGGACAGCGCCUACUUUGGUGUUUCGGUCUUUGCCUACAGUGAACUUGACGAAGCCACUAAUCAUUUUGAUAGCAAAAAGGAACUUGGAGAUGGAGGUUUUGGAACUGUAUACCAUGGCAAACUCAAAGAUGGCCGAGAAGUUGCAGUCAAGCGCUUACAUGAGCACAACUACAAACGUGAGGAACAGUUUAUGAAUGAAAUUGAAAUUAUAACCCGCCUGCACCACAAAAAUUUAGUUACCCUUUAUGGCUGCACUUCACGCCGCAGCCGUGAGCUCCUCCUUGUGUAUGAAUACAUUCCCAAUGGCACUGUUUCUGAUCAUCUCCAUGGUGACCUAGCACAUCGUGGUUUACUCACUUGGCCUAUUCAUAUGAGCAUUGCCAUAGAAACUGCCAAUGCAUUGUCUUACCUCCAUGCUUCUGAUAUCCUUCAUCGUGAUGUGAAGACAAGCAACAUUCUCCUUGAUAACAAUUUGUGCGUAAAAGUUGCAGAUUUUGGGCUCUCCCGGAUUUUCCCCCUUGACAUCACUCAUGUCUCAACUGCUCCACAAGGGACCCCUGGUUAUGUUGACCCACAGUAUCAUCAUUGUUACCAGCUAACUAGUAAGAGUGAUGUUUAUAGUUUUGGGGUUGUACUCAUUGAGCUUAUAACGUCUAUGCCAGCAGUUGAUAUAACUAGGCAGCGGGAUGAGAUCAAUUUAUCUAACUUAGCCGUAAACAAGAUUCGAAAAGGAUUAUAUAAUGAGCUGUUAGAUUCAUCUCUUGGGUUUGAGUCAGAUAAUGAAGUUAAAAGGAUGACAAUUGCAGUAGCAGAGUUGGCAUUUCAAUGUUUGCAGCAGGACAACAACAUGAGGCCUACCAUAUGUGAAGUUUUGGAGACUUUGAAGAGAAUUGAAAGCAUAAACAAUGUUACAGAGAGUUUAAGGGGGGCAUUUGAAGAUGCUGGGAUAAGAAGUCUACAGCCACCACCCUCACCUAAAUCCGCGACCCAAUAAUGGCCUAGCACUGUGUCUACUGCAUCUAAUACAAGUCACUGAUUUCUUUCUCAUUCUAUUAAAUUUCCUCAUAAAUGAUAUGACUAGCAAGUAUCUAGAUGGGUUAAAGUUGUGUUCACUCUUUUACUGAUAGAAAGAAUACAUCCAAUUAGACAUACCAGUUCUAGGUAAAAGGCUUGAGGGAAUGUACAUAUCAAAUGCACAGUCAAUGUUAAUAUUCUGAUAAAUGUCACGUUACUACCAUUUCCACUUUGCAAGUGUACUAAUAUGCUUUAGUUUUUUUAUUCACUAGUCAACU